GCCACGCCUCCGUUAAAAGGCCAUUCUUCUGACCCAUUUAGUUUAGCUAACAUCAUCUUUCGCCAUGAGGACAAAUUUUCGGUUAGGAUUUUGGGAACAACAAUGAAAGAGCGGAGAGAAGGGACUGGGUAGUAGUAAAGAAUCUUUGGCUGAGGAGGGGAGGCCUUGCACCUGUCUUUCUAUGACAUAUCUAGCGCAGUAGCUGAAUCACACAAGCGGGGGGAGACAGUCGCGCGUGUUUCGUAUACCACAGUGGUAGCUAGUUAGCUACAUGCAACCAUGACUUCUGCAUAUAGUCUUGAAUACCAUCCGGAUAUGAAAGCCGAUAGUCGAUUGCUGGGUUCUUGUGAUACCAUCAACAGCACUGGCAACAACAUGAAUGGGUCUUUAGAGCAUUUGGACCAGCCCGAUCCAGACACAAUCAAGAUGUUUGUUGGGCAGAUCCCGCGGUCCUGGACAGAAACAGAGCUGAAGGAAUUGUUUGAGCCUUUUGGUGCCAUUCACCAAAUUAACAUUCUUCGCGAUCGCACUCAGAACCCGCCCCAGAGCAAAGGUUGCUGCUUUGUUACAUUUUAUACUAGAAAGGCAGCUCUGGAGGCCCAGAAUGCAUUGCAUAACAUAAAAACCUUAGCUGGGAUGCAUCAUCCCAUUCAGAUGAAGCCUGCAGACACCGACAAAACAAAUGCAGCUGUGGAGGACCGCAAACUCUUCAUCGGCAUGGUGGCCAAAAAGUAUGGCGAGAAUGAGGUGCGGAUGAUGUUCUCCCCAUUCGGACAGAUAGAAGAAUGUCGGAUUUUGCGUGGACCUGAUGGUACAAGCCGAGGCUGUGCAUUUGUUACGUUUUCUACCAGGGCAAUGGCACAGAAUGCAAUCAAAACCAUGCAUCACUCUCAGACUAUGGAGGGCUGCUCCUCUCCCAUGGUGGUGAAAUUCGCAGACACCCAAAAGGACAAGGAGCAGCGGCGCCUGCAGCAGCAGCUGCAGCAGAUGCAGCAGCUCAACAGCACCUCCUCCUGGGGGAACCUCUCAGGCCUGGGCGGCCUCACUCCACAAUACCUUGCAUUGCUCCAGCAGGCAGCAGCCUCCUCCAGUAGCCUUGGUUCGUUCAGUGGCGUGCAGCAGCUUGGUGGUAUGAGUGCCAUGCAGCUGCAGAACCUUGCCACGAUAGCUGCAGCAGCUGCCGCUGCUCAGACGUCCAACCCCUCCAGCGCAAUGUCGUCCUCCACCAACGGAGGUGGCCUUGGGAGUCUGGCUAGCCAAGGUGCCGCAGGCAACUCUAGUGCUAUGAGCUCUCUGGCUUCUUUGGGAGCCCUUCAGGGCCUUACAGGGGCAUCCGUUGGGCUCGGCAGCCUAAACGCCCUCCAGGGAAAUGUCAACAGUAUGGCUGCCCUUAAUGGUGGACUGGGCAGUACAAGUCUAAACAACGGGUCAGCAGGUACAAUGGAUGCCCUUACCCAGGCGUACUCAGGGAUGCAGCAGUACACUGCCUCUGCCCUGCCUUCUCUCUACAACCAGUCUCUGCUGCAGCAGGGUGCUGCAGGAAGCCAGAAGGAGGGGCCUGAAGGGGCCAACCUCUUCAUCUACCACCUGCCACAGGAGUUUGGGGACCAGGACGUCCUACAGAUGUUUAUGCCUUUUGGAAAUGUGGUAUCUGCCAAAGUCUUCAUCGACAAACAGACCAAUCUAAGCAAGUGCUUUGGAUUUGUCAGCUAUGACAACCCAGUAUCAGCGCAGGCAGCCAUCCAGUCCAUGAACGGCUUCCAGAUCGGCAUGAAGAGGCUGAAGGUGCAGCUGAAACGAUCCAAGAAUGACAGCAAGCCCUACUGAUGUCAGCUGGGGUUCUCAACCCCUUGCUGUCAAGUUAGCACUGCAAGG